AUGGUCGGUAGUAGGGGCAUCGAGAUCGAUCCGUCCAAGGUGAAAGCCAUAUGCGAGCCGCGACCCCCGUCUUCCGUGAAAGAAGUUCGCGGUUCUUUGGGGAGAUUGAACUAUGUGGCAAGAUUUAUAUCUCGGUUGUCGGAGACCGCCAAGCCAUUUUUCAAACUUCUCAAGAAGAAUGCAAAGAUUGUAUGGGAUAUUGAAUGUCAGACCGCUUUCUUGAAGAUUCAGCAUUAUCCGACCCAUUCCCCUGUUCCGGUUCCACCUGCUCCUGGUGUGCCUCUAAUCCUUUAUCCGACCAUCCACAAGGAGUCCUUGGGAGCCGUAUUGGUGCAGAAAAGACCAUCAGAUGGAAAAGAAUGCGCAAUAUACUAUCUCAGCAAGAAAUUCUCCGAUUCCGAAGCCAAUUACUCGGAGGUCGAGAAGACUUGCGUAGCUUUAGUUUGGGUAUUACACGGACUGCGGCAGUAUACCCUACACCAUCAGAUCAUGUUAACCACCGAAUGUGAUCCCAUCAAAUAUCUACUGGAAAAGCCAAGACUGGUCGGCAAAUUGGCUAAGUGGCAGAUUCUCAUUUCUGAGUUCGAUGUGCAAACCAUGACACAGAAGUCGGUGAAAGGUCGAGCAAUAGCAGACAUGUUAGCAGAGAAUGCUGCGGGACCACAGGCUGGAGAUGAAAUAGACCCUCUUGAUGAUCGUGUUUUACUGGUUACUGCAGAAAAGUGGGUCAUGUACUUCGACGGAGCUGUUAACUUAUCCGGAUCCGGCACGAGGGCGGUCCUUAUCUCCCCGGAUGGCCAACACUAUCCAAGAGCCGCCAAGUUAUUGUUUCCGUGCACCAACAACAUCGCUGAAUACGAGGCCCGCAUUCUCGGACUACAGGCUGCCGUGGAGAUGGAAAUCCGGAGACUGCAGGUUUAUGGCGACUCUGCUCUCAUUAUCCUUCAGACAGAAGGCAAGUGGAAAACUCGUGACCCGAAGUUGAUCCCAUAUCACGAGUUUCUGGAAGAUAUAAUCGAAGAGUUCGAUGAGAUAGCGUUCGAGUAUCUUCCUAGAGCUCAGAACCGGUUCGCAGACGCGUUGGCCACCCUAUCCUCAAUGUUCCAAGUGACUGCAGGUUCGGACAUCGAGCCAUUGAGAAUCGAAAUCUUGAAGCAUUCUGCUUACUCCAUGCUAAUAGAAGAAGAGGCGGAUGGAGAGCCAUGGUAUCAAGACAUUAAGGUCUACCUACAGACUAGAAAAUUUCCCGAGGGCGGUGAAGCAAUGACAGAAAUAUUUGAUGAAACCUGUCUUCAAAGUUUUUCCUCAAUGGCGAUGCGUUGUACAAAAGGUCAUAUGACUCCGUUCUCCCGAGCGAAGAACGUGGCCGGGUUCUUGCGUCGAGAUAUCUUUGCCCGAUAUGGAGCGCCGGAGGCUAUAAUCAUCGACAACGGUUCAAACCUCAACAACAAGGUGGUUGACGAGGUUCUUGCGGUGCUACCGGUGGAAACAGAGAUUCCAUCACUCGGGAUUCUCACACGAUUGAAACUAUCGAAGCAGAGUGGAUUCAACGAGAGAUAUGAACGGUUGAAUAUGAUUGACGAGAAAAGCUCGCGGGCUAUCUCGUCACGGUCGGUGUUACCGAAGCGUGUGGCAAAUUCGUUCAACCGUAAAGUUCGUUCUCGGCUUUUCGAGAUCGGUGACUUGGUGUUGAAGAAGAGAUUGGCAUUUAUACCGCACCCCGGAGGCAAGUUCACACCAAACUAUGAAGGGCCAUAUCCGAUCAAGAAAGUCCUCCCCGGUGGCGCGUUGAUUUUAGCCGAGAUGGACGGCCGUGUCCGGUCGAGCCCCGUAAAUGCCGAUAUGGUGAAAAAGUAUUUCCCAUGA